AUGUGCCAUACUCCUAUUACUGGUGGAAAAAUAUCAACAACAAAUAAGGAAAAUACAAUCUACUUUCCUCUUCGUAUAAGUCAAAAAACAAAAACCUGUCUUAACAAUCAAGAUUUUUUUGUAACUAUUAUUGCUG